GCGGCUCGUGCCGGCCGUGGGGCGGGCGGCGGGCAGAGCGCCGUGCCGGGGUCACCGGCUCACGCCGGCGGAUGAUGAGAUGUACCAACGGACGCGGGUGAUGGUGCUGGAGCCGGAGUCCCCAAAUACCAUGUUCAUCGAGGGCUACAGCACCCGCGGCUUCACCAUCAGCGGAGACGUGGUGGUGGGGCCCUGCGCCGUCCUGCCCCGCAGCAUCCUCCAGUGGAACGUUGGUUCUCACCGGGACAUCUCGCACGAGAGUCUGUCGCUGUUCCGGCUGCUGGAGCCCCAGAUAGAGAUCCUGGUGCUGGGCACAGGGGACAGGGUGGAGCGGCUCCACCCAGCCACGCUGAAGCAGAUGCGGGAGUGCGGGAUUGCUGUGGAGGUGCAGGACACGGUAAGAAAGGGCGAAUGCAUGUGCAACCUUCAACUUCCUAGUGAAUGAAAGGCGCCUGGUGGCUGCUGGGCUCAUCCCCCCGCGGGGCACCUACGACAUGUAGGCACUGCCUGCCAUGCCCACGGUUCUUCCUCUUGCCUGCCUGAAGCUCCCAGCUGAGAAAUGCUCCAUAGUGAACUGUGGAGCUGCCAGCUGGGUGAUGACUCUGCACACACGAGGGCUGUGAAAUACAUGGGCCUAGCUCUUCCCUGCAGUCCCUGACUUCUUCACCUCCUUGCCCAGUCUGGGCUGGGGACUGUGGGGCACAGCACAAGGCUUUGCUGGCAGCACUGCUCCCACAGCCCUGCCAAGGCCAUGCCCCUAUACCUUGGCAGUAAGAAGCCUCAUCUGAGGGAGGGUGACGGCUGGUGGGGUGAGCUGUACACCCCUGGGCACAUGUGAAGCUCUACGAGGAAAAUACAUGUAAAUGGGAAGUACUA